GUCCUUAGUGAUGUACAAGAUUAAAGUUUAUCAUUAUCUUCAGGACUUUUUUUAUUUUUUUUAUUUAUUUUUUUUUACAGUUGUUAUACAGCUGUGAUUGUUUCCUGUAGUUUGCUGCCUGUCUACAAUGUUCUGUCGUCUUUUAUGCAAAGCGCGUUCUCGGUGUACUGCCACGGGGACGCGCACAGCUAUAUCCUGUGACUGAAAGCAUCUCGACUUCAUUCACCCCGGAGAUCACACGACCGCGGGGAGCGGACAUCAAACUCCUCUGGGCCUGAGGUCUGAGAGUUUUUUCUCUUUUUUUCUCGCUCUUUCACGCCAUUCGUUUUUUUUGGCCCAGGUCAUUUCUGGAAUUUUCAAAUUAAAGGAUUUAACAAAUUUUGAUGAAUUGCCCAGACAAAGUGCCAAGAUGCUCAACCGCUGCAGGAUACACACAUAUUUGAUUUGGAACGGAUUAUACUGAGGACAAAAUGAUGGAUAUUGUUGGAUGUUUGAAUGUAAAAGAAAAGUUUUCGUUCUUCCACUGGACACCUGUUCCAACACGAAGAGCAGCUGGACAUCAACUUUACCUCAGUUAGGUUUCAUUGUUCGAUGACUUGGACUUAAACCUGCUUUAUGGUCAUUUUAAUAUUACUUUGGAAAUCAACCUCUCUCACACCUCCAGUGAUUUACACUGAAUGCAGGAGCAGAAUAAGCUUGAGUCUCUGCCUCAACCGCAUUUCACUCAGGAGUUUAAAGAUCAUUUAAGUUUUAUAAGCUCCUGGCUCGCACUUUUACUGAGGCUGUGGUGGUGGCCAGUUCUCCCGAGGGAUGAUUCUGGGCUCCCGAGGCCAGGGAGCGACAGCCCAGCUCCUGCAGUGGACCAUCGCCUCGUCCUGGUGCCUAUGCAGCGGAUCUGAGAGGAGAUGAGACCCGCAAUUUACCACCUCCUCGCCGGCUGCCUCUGCCUGUUACGCACCGUUGCUGAGGCGAAGCUUCCUAACUCCAUACCCAGUAAAACGGCUGUCACGUUGACUUUCUCCCCGCAGGAGUCUCCUCUCCCCCGGGAGCUGUUGGAGCGGCUCUCCCGCAGCGACAUCCGCAGCAUCAGCGACCUCCAGCGGCUGCUAGAGAUAGACUCCGUAGAGAACGAGGUGAUCGAGGAGACCAAACACCGCUACCACAAGGACUUCUCUCACAGCUUCCCUGACCUGAAGAGAGCACACACGCCCACCAGACACAGGAGGAGCACUGUGGUGGAAGAGGCCUUGCCAGCGGUGUGUAAAGUGCGGACGACGAUCUAUGAGAUCCCCAGGAGCCAGGUGGACCCCACCUCGGCCAACUUCAUCAUCUGGCCGCCCUGCGUCGAGGUGAAACGCUGCACUGGCUGCUGCAACACCAGCAACAUGCGGUGCCAGGCAUCCCGCAAGCACCACCGCACGGUCAAGGUGGCGAAGGUGGAGUACGUGCGGAGGCGUCCCAAGCUGAGGGAGGUGCAGGUGAAGCUAGAGGAUCACCUCGAUUGCAUGUGCACCAACAAACGCCACAUCAGCCCAAACUCAGACACAGACAAUGGCAUCAGGUGAAGAGAGGAGGAUAGAUGGAGGAGUGGAGGAGAGGAAACAACAAGCACCUUUUGCCUCUAACAUCGUCACCACCUGGCAGCGAGUGACUGUGAAAGGUUUGAUGGGAUAUAUUUUGACCAGUGAGGUUUGAUUGGGAGGUUUGACUCAUGUGAAGCUCAACAGUACCUGGAAGCUUUUUGCAAAAAAAAAAAAAAAACCAACAAAAAAACAAACAACAAAAAGACAAACUGAAAUGAACCACAGACACCAAGAAGGUUUCCUCGCUGUGAUUCCUCGACGGAGAGAAAAAACAGAAAAAAGAUUAGAUUCUGAAAAUGCAGGACACUGGCAGAAGUGAGGUGGAUUCUGGGAUACCGGAGGACUUAUUGUCUGCGUCUUGUUCCUUCUCCAGGGUAUAAACCGCUCAGUGACUCGGAUUAUAAACUGGAUGGAAUCCUUUCUUCAAACAGUGACUGGGAUUAGGUUUUGUACUCCAAGAUUUACUCUUCCUCAGCAGAACACACACACACACACACACACACACACACACACACACACACACACACACACACACACACACACACUCGCAUAUGCACUUACAGUAUAUCCUCUUAUUUUUAUAACCUCUCAUUUUCUAUCGCUGUCUGUUUCUAUUUAGGUAUGUUAUCCACAUUAAGAAUGGAGGGGAAAAGAUCCUCCUGACAUGUUACUGAUACUAAUAAACUAUUUAUAUGAA